CGUGAGCGCCCUGGCGGCUGAUGGUAACUUGCAUGCGAAGCACACAUCACAAUCCAUUCAAAUAACAAGCAUUUGUGGUUGGUUUGUGAUUGUGAGUCUAUCAUCGUUCUGUCGUGCCCACUCAACAAGCGGGGCCUGACGUGUUUACUUCUUUUUUUUUUAUCGGGCUCGCGAGCUAACUAGUACGAAAACUUGAAUCGUGCGCACUGCGUAUACACUGAGAUAGGGGUAAAUUUUCUUCAGUUACAUUUAAAUUUUUGAUAGUAUAUAUUUUUUUUAAUUAAAAAGUGACAGUAUCUAUUGUUUUCGUAAUCAUUAUACAUAAUUCUUCAAUAAGUGUUUCUCUAAUAAAGGAACAAAAGGGCAUUGUUGUUGCUCGGUUUGGAGGCCAGGAUCCAUUGAACAACCCAACCAUUGAACAACACUAUUUACAGUGAUAUAUGUGGGAUAGCGAAAAUGGCAAUGUUCAAUGCUAUUCUCGGCUGCAUAAUGGCAUUUUUGAUUAUAUUGUACACCAUCAGCUCUAUGGCUAGAUAUUAUAUAAAGUUCAGCAUAUAUAUGAUAAUGUCAAUGUUGUGUACAGCAACACCUCUACCUCUGAUGUUAUUGAAACCGUUUGAUCCAAAGAACGCUUUGAUACCAGCAGCGCUGCUAAGGGUUGUCGUUCGUUGUUUGGGCGUUCGCUCGACAGUGCGUGGCCUGGAAAAUGUUGACAACAGUCGCGGUGCAGUUGUACUUCUCAACCAUCAAAGCGGUCUCGAUCUUUAUGUGCUGGCAGUGCUAUGGCCGCUUAUGGCCCGGUGUACUGUGGUGGCGAAGCGUUCUCUGCAGUUCUUGGUACCGUUCGGAACUGCUGCUUGGUUGUGGGGGACUGUGUUCAUCAAACGAGGUGCCCAAUCCGCUCGGGAGGCCCUCAAUGAACAAUCGAACGCGAUAAAGAAUAAUAAGCGGAAGCUGCUCUUAUUUCCUGAAGGCACGCGACAUAGUGGGGACAAAUUGCUGCCAUUUAGAAAAGGAGCUUUCCACGUGGCCUUAGCAGCCAACGCACCUAUUCAACCUGUAGUAAUCUCCAAAUAUCACUUUUUGGAUUCAAAACGUCAUAUAUUUGGUUCAGGUGAAUUCAUAAUAACGAUUAUGCCCAUCGUAGAGACUGAGGGGCUGGACAAAGAUGACAUUGCAUCACUCAUUGAAAAGGUACAGAUGAGCAUGCAAGAAGAAUUCACGAGGACUUCUGCAGAGACGAAGGCUUGUCGCGUAAAAUCUGCAAAAGACGAAUGAGGUAAUUCAAAUAAGGACCUAAACCAUAAUGAGCUGUGAUAAACAUACAAAAUGUAGUAUCGUUAUAAUAUUAACGUGUUACUUGUAAAUAUUACUUACAAUAUACGAAG